ACGGUAGGAUUGAGGAAGCUCUAAAGAAGAAUCCCACCGACGAUAUAUUGUCUUUCCCUCCAGAACUUUCCCUCCUUUUAAUACUCCUCCAUAUCUCAAUUACAAGGAGGAGGAGAAAAAGAAGAAAUACUACUCUGAGGAUGGGAAACUGCCUGUUUGGAGGCUUGGGAGAAGCUGAUGGUGUGAUCAAAGUCAUAACUUCAAGCGGUGGAGUCAUGGAGUUUUCUGCUCCAAUAACAGCAGGAAGCAUCACAGAUGAAUUCCCAGGGCACGCCAUUUUUCGAAGCCAUGAUCUCUUCUGGAAACCACUCUUUCAGCAUGAAGAACUCCUCCCUGGAAAAUCAUACUAUCUUCUUCCGCUUAACGGCAAAGACACUUCAGGUAAUAGCGGCCAGAUUGUCCGAGAAGGCCAUGUCAGGUCGAACAGCAUCCCAGCAUCGCUCGUUGCUCCUUACAGGAUGUCCUGUGAUUAUCAGGGGACUCUGAAGAGGUCCCAUACUGAUGUUUUCUCCAGGUACAACAAGCCUGCAGGAUUUUGGAAAGUGAAGCUAGUAAUCAGCCCGGAACAGCUGUUGGAAAUUUUGUCUCAAGAAGCUCGUACUCAAGAAUUGAUUGAGAGUGUCAGGACAGUCGCCAAGUGUGGAAGUGGGGUCUCAACUUCUGUUGGAUUUUCAGAUCAAUGGAGUCUGUCAAGCAGUAGGAACGCUUCCUCAAACAAAGAUGGCUUGUUGUUAGACAUCUAGAAUAACAGCUUCUUACAAAUUUUCCCCCCAUUUUAUUUUUCCUUGUUUUGACAUUAGACAAUGUAAACAAUUGAAAUAGUAGUAUGAACAUGUCAUUUGGUGUAUUGAUUUGAUCUUUUCCUUUGUUUUGGUUGGGGUUGAUGUUGUCCCUGUUUAAUGCUCAAAUUUAUAGGUUUCUGGACAGUA